UCUACUUUGGUUGUAGCCGGUUUAUACAUGUAAAUAAAUUACUCUGACUAGUUUUUAAAUAUAUUCCGUCUAUAAAAAAAUUCACUUGGAUCCAACACGAGGACUAUUUAAUUUUUUUCAAGUGAAUAUUGUGCAGUAAAAUAUUUUUCUCAGUUUAUUUGUAAAGUAAUUAAUAUUUUCCACCAAGUGGCUCGUGCAUAGAAGUAUAUUUUUAUUUGUGUGUAAUUUAGUGUUUUGUUACUUGCAAUAUUGAUAAAUUAUAUCAAAAUAUUUAUAAUUUUAUUUAUAAAAAAAAAACAAAGUUUAAUUUUUUAAAUUAUUGACAAAAAAUACUGGAGUAUAAAUUUUAUUUUUUGAUGACCACGUGGAAGUUUUGUAUCUAAAUUACAAAAAUUUACUAAAGUAUCCAGGUACUAAUUAUACCUAAUUGAUUUUUAAUUACUGGCAAAUUACGAUUUUUAAUUACUGGCCAUCUGUGAAUACGAAACUUCAAACGUUUUAAAGUUCUUCUGGAUCUUGAACUUGACGUGACAACUUGCAGUUUUUACUCCGUUAAUAAUUUAAUUAUUAAUCAGUAUUUAAUUAUUAUUAAAUAAUCAAUUGACAAUGAGGAUCGCUGUCGAAGGUUGCGCACACGGAGAGUUGGAAAUAAUUUAUAACACUCUAAUAGACACUGAAAAAACAACUGGUAAAAAAAUAGAUCUUCUAAUAUGCUGUGGAGAUUUUCAAGCAGUCAGAAAUAAUGAGGAUUUGAAUUCUAUGGCUGUGCCAAAUAAAUACAAAGACUUAUGUUCAUUCCACAAAUAUUAUUCUGGAGAAAAACUCGCUCCAGUACUGACUAUAUUUAUUGGAGGCAAUCAUGAAGCGUCAAAUUAUCUCCAGGAGUUACCUUACGGUGGAUGGGUAGCACCCAAUAUUUAUUACAUGGGCUAUGCCAGUGUACUUAAUAUCGGUGGUGUCAGAAUUGCUGGAAUUUCGGGAAUUUUCAAAGCUCAAGAUCUACUGUCUGGCCAUUUCGAACGACCGCCAUAUAAUCCUUCGACUAUGCGGAGUGUUUAUCAUAUCAGAAAUUUAGAAGUUUUUAAAUUGAAACAGUUGAGUGGAAAAAUUGAUAUUUUCCUGUCCCAUGAUUGGCCUUGUGGUAUUACUAAGUAUGGUAAUGAGCAAAAAUUAUUAAAACACAAGCCAUUUUUCCAAAAUGAUAUUGAAAAUAAUGUACUGGGUAGUCCUCCAUGUAUGGAACUUCUAGAACUUCAUUACCCAUCUUAUUGGUUCUCGGCUCACCUGCACUGUAAAUUUGCUGCAUUGGUACCCAAAGAAAACUGUGAUAAAGUUACAAAAUUUUUAGCUUUAGAUAAAUGUCUUCCUAAACGUAAAUUUUUACAAAUUUUGGAUAUACCACACGAUGAAAAUCAACGAUUGUCACUUUCUUAUGAUUUAGAAUGGCUGACAAUAUUGUAUUUAACAAAUUACUUGUUAAGUGUUAAAAAUACCCCGACAUAUAUGCCGGGACCUGGUGGUGUCGGACGUUGGAAUUUUACUCCAACAGAAAUUGAAAAAAAUAUAGUUAUCAAGAAAUUUGGUAACGAUUUAACUGUUCCCAUUAACUUUGAUAAAAAAGUUGUAAUGCAAUCUAGUAAUAUAAAUUUAUCUGUUAAUAAUCAAACGACUGAAUUCUGUGACAAACUUGGGAUUGAUGAUCCUUGUGUUUUGUUACAGCUUCAGCAAAAUAGAAAUUAAAUUAAUCAUUUAUGUAUAUUUAUAAUGAAUUCCAAGAGUUAAUUGUUAAUAGCAAUAAUAAGUAAUCGAUUGUAUAUUUAUUG